ACACCAAUAAUACUAAAAAUAGCUAAAAUCUCUGAAUUCUUAAUAACAACUAAUAAAAAGCCCAAAUAAGUUCCUACUGACCAAACAAACAUGCUUAAAUUAUUCAAGCACAAUGACUUAAGUAUUCCACAACAACCUCAGUUCUGUACUUGAUUGUUUGAGUUAGUAGUACUUAAAAUCUUUAUUUUAUGGAUUUGUAAGCUAAAGAAAUUCAAGGAACUCACGAUUAUUCGUUUAAUUUAUGUAACUCUCUAAGUUCGGCUUCAAAUUGAUAUUUUGUGUUGUAGCCUACACAUUAAUCAAAAUUAAGUAAAGCUAAAAUUGUAUAAAUAUGUACGUUUGUGAGUUGAAGCUAUUUAUUUUUUUUUACGUUAUGGUUGUUUAACAAAUCGUGUUUAUUUAUUUAUUUAUUUUUUCAGUCUACAUUAUUAUUGCUUUUGUUGUUAACUGUCACUGUUAUUACCUGAGUCACUUUACAAUCAUUACUAUUUGGCAAAGUUUGUAGUCUAUUGUUUGUAUUUAUUGUGUUUAUGUACACAAAAGUAUACUAUACAGAAAAGUAACACAUCAUGACCGACUAGGUUAAUUCGCAAGUCACUCGGAGGAGAAUGAAAGCUGGUAUGCAUCAUACAAACUCAGCGGUGUGAACACAAACCAAUCACAAAGCGAGAAUCUUCCGAGCGAGACGCUCUAGCGCAUGAAUGUGGGUCAUUCCUUGCACUCAGCACCAGGAACGGACGCACUUUCCAACUUUCCAACAUGGAAAAGAGCUGGAUAUGGACCAAGUUUGACGGGCUACUCGAAGAAGGAAUCGUCAGAAACCUUACAGUACUCUGAAACAACAUAACUUUUCAUGAUGAGGCGCUUCAGUGAGCGCACCGGCAAAGCGCGCGAACAGCUCGAGAUAUCAAACUAACGGAUGAUGAAGCUGACAGAUAAAGAAACAUGUUAAAUUUGGAGCAGUCUUCCUAGAGAUGGAGAACGGUACAAACCACACGCAGGACCUCGCGCACGGGGCGCAGGAGAAAGAGGAUGGAGACGGGCAGAACAGCGUACGCGCGCUGCUGGGGUUCGUGCUCUUCCUCCUGAUUGUCUCCACACUGCUCGGGAACACGCUGGUGUGCGCCGCCGUGGUCAAAUUCAGGCACCUGCGCUCCAAAGUCACCAAUUUUUUCGUAAUUUCUCUGGCCGUGUCCGAUCUCUUUGUGGCGGUCCUGGUGAUGCCGUGGGAGGCGAUAUCCGCGGUGGCGGGCACGUGGCUAUUCGGCCGCUUUUGCGCCAUCUGGAUCGCCUUUGACAUCAUGUGCUCCACCGCGUCCAUCCUCAACCUGUGCAUCAUCAGCGUGGACCGGUACUGGGCCAUCGCGAGCCCGUUCCGGUACGAGCGCAAGAUGACCCACCGGGUGGCUUUCAUGAUGAUCGGGGUGGCGUGGACCCUGUCCAUCCUCAUCUCCUUCAUCCCGGUUCAGCUCAACUGGCAUAUGGCAGAGGAUGAGGAGGAGAGUGCAGCGGGUAACGGCACCAACUACACCGACAACUGCAAAGCCAACCUAAACAGGACGUAUGCCAUCUCUUCUUCCCUGAUAAGUUUCUAUAUCCCCGUUAUCAUCAUGAUCGCCACGUACACGAGGAUAUUCCGUAUUGCGCAAAUACAGAUCCGCAGGAUCUCUUCUUUGGAGAGAGCAGUGGAGCAGUCGCAAAACCACCACCAGUCCAACGACUGCGCCAACGAGAACUCUCUUAAAACCACAUUCAAGAAAGAGACCAAAGUGUUAAAAACACUCUCCAUCAUCAUGGGAGUGUUUGUGUUUUGCUGGCUGCCGUUUUUCGUGCUGAACUGCAUGGUGCCGUUCUGUCAGUGCGUCAGUGACACCACCUUCACCAUCUUUGUGUGGUUCGGAUGGGCCAAUUCCUCCCUCAAUCCCGUCAUUUACGCGUUUAACGCAGACUUCAGGAAGGCCUUCUCUUCUAUUUUGGGUUGUAAUAAAAUUUUCCCCAGCACCACGGUGGAAACUGUGAAUUUCAGUAACGAGCUGGUGUCAUAUCAGCACGACACGACGCUUCAGAAGGAAGCACAGCCGCUGGCCGUUCAGCUGCCGCACACGGCAUCGAACCCUAGAGAGGAACCGAGCCUCCCGUAUAAGGAUUCAUUCACUUCUAACGUGUCAAGGAAUCAUAAAAACAUCAUUUUGCCCAACAUUGGGCAUUUUGAGUGCGACGGGGAGAUUUCCCUGGACACUAUCACGCCGUUUACCUCCACUGGACUUAUGGAGUGCGAGGGCAUCCCAGGUCAAAUCAUUAAUGAAUGACAUGCAUAAGAGACUUCUAUUAAUGUUGCUUUAGCUGGUCAGUGAACUGAUUCACUGGUGGAAUGAUAAACAGCAGUUAAUGAUCAAACACAGAUUCAGCUUUAGAUCUAAGAUUCAUACUUUAUCCAGGUUAUGGUGACUCAUUCUGGGUCACACAUCAUGACCAUAAAAGUGCACAAAAUACUUUUAAAUUCUGCAUAAAUAUAAUUUCGAUCAAUUCGGCAACAAAUAGCCAACAACAGCUACAUUUCAAAACUACCAGAUGUCCCGUAAUAAGAUAUGAUGUACUGGUUGAAUGUGAUAUGUUACACUGCAUGACAACAGGUCAUUCUCCCAGAGUUUCUUUAGAAUAAUUUAUAUCUCAACUCCACCAUGUAUUUAACCUACUUCAUACAGGAUUGCAUAAUGUGACCCUGGACAAAUGAAUAGGUACCAUGUUUCUCAAAUUAAAAUGCUUGAGGAUUAGGACACUGGCAGCUGAAAUCUCAUCUUUAGGUCCCUAUUGUGUAAAAAUGGAUCAAUUUGUAAUAACAUUGGGUAAGUUAAGUUGAUUUUAUUUUCAGAGUUAGUCCAUUUAACACUGCCUCCUUGAUCAAGCAAGGAAACAUCUAGAAUAUGAACAUAAAAUAUAAGCUUAUUGUAACACCUUACAAUAAUGUUAUAUUUGUUAACAUUAGUUAAUGCAUUUUGUAUCAUGAACUAAUGAUGAACAAUAAUUAUUUACAGAAUUUGUAGUGUUUAAUAAUAAAAAUGCAAUUGUUUAUUGUCACAAGUAGUUCAUAAUGCAUUAUCUUAUGUUAACGUAAACAACUUUUGAUUUUAAUAAUGUAUUAGUUUAUGUUGAAAUGAACAUGAACCAAGAUUAAGUGUGGUAAAAGUACUGUUCAUUGUUAGUUCAUGCUAUCUAAUGUAGUUAACUAAUUUUAACGAAUACAACCUUAUUGCAAAGUGCUACCGAGGUUAUAUAUAGACAGAUCAGAACAAAAUAAAAAUUAAUAAAAAAAAACAAAAUAAAUAAAAAAAAAAAACAAGGACACAUCAAAAAUUCUUAUAAAAUGUAAAGAUAAAUAUGUAUGAAGGACAUUGUUUGACUCUAUACUAUCAGUGCAGUCAAUAACAUGUUUUAUAGACAUAUAUACAGUGUGUGUGUGUGUGUGUGUGUGUAUA